UAGGGUAUUGUAAAGUUUCGUUCACGAUCUCCUAUAAAUAGGAUAUAGCAUAGCUUAAAUACUCUACAUUCUACUGUUUUGAACUCGUUUCGAUGUUUCUUGAGUGAAUAGUGAAUUUCUUAAUAUUAGAUGAAAACAGCGUGCAUACCCUAAUUUCCGUAAAACUGACUUUUCGGUUGAUUUUUAAAAAUUUUUCUCAAAACAAAUAUUGCCACGAGGCUCAGCAUGGUCCAUCACCCAUAGUCCAUCCGUCCUCAAGACCACCAAUAGUCACCUUAUUUGCAUUCCCCUCACAGGGAUAAAAACCUUUUACUCAUUGCACUAUAAGAGAAACUAGUUUGUUCUUCAAUAGGUCGUCGAAGGAGAGACGAAUGACUGAACGAAAAAAGACUCCUCAUCUCGAGCAAUGAGAAAAAAGUCAAGAGGGAAAACAAACAUGGUUGGCUUUUCUUAAUCAACAGGAAGAUGGCAUAUGACGGACCUGCACAAGAAAAGGAAGUACCAUUCACACAAGUGCCAUCUUACAACUGAUGACUAACGAAAAAGAAAUAUGCACUAUCAUGCAGUAGACAAGCUACAUUCAAAGGCAUCCUUAGAGGGAAUAAAAACCGACUAGACGAAGAAGAGAAACAGCCUAUGGAUGAGAAAGAAACGAUGGCGAUACGCUGGCAGAGAAAAUAAAGGAAGGAAGCAACACCGAAGAGAAGACGAAAAUGAUCAACUAUUUAUCGAGUGCAGCUGUCGAAAACAAAUCUGUAUCAUGUUCCAGAAGUAAGAGGGAAGAAGAUGUUUUUUCAACUUCCCUGCAUUACUCAGGAUAAUACAGUCAGUUCUUGUGAAGAAACUCCGAUUUCGUCAGGAAAAAACAAGCAGUUCGGGUGGAGAAACUGCAAUUUAUACUUAUAGAAAAAUGCUGAAUAAUAAAUCUGAAACAGAAACACGAAUUAGAUGAGAUUGAGAAUACUAAAAAACGACACCUAGAACAAAACAUGUAAGAUUCAUCAUUCCAACAUCAUUUUGUCCUGUGUUAGAAUAUUCAGAUGACUUAAUCAAUCGAACAAUCACAUCAACAUCAUCACCACCUGAUUCACAAGGACGUCUCCGUACAUUUGUGGGUACAAAAGAAGUCUGCAACCAUUAUAAUGCCAGAAUUUGUACUCGAAAUCCUUGUCAUUAUCUUCAUAUUUGUGCUACAUGUGAACAAAAUCACCUCAGAUUCCAGUGUCCUAUGACCGCAAAUACAACAACGACAAUAGCACCACCAUCACCAGCCUCAUCGUAG